AUGGGAGAUCUGUUGGAAUAUCGAGAUUCAUCCAGUGCAGUUCCAGUUCGUUCGUUUCGUAGCCCAGUUGCGUCGCCGCCGGCCACCCCGAUUUCCAGAUCGGAUUUGUUGCAGGGAGAGACUCCGUUUGACCCAACCCCGAGCCUUGCCGCCUUCAAGAGGCUCGGAUCCGCAGAACAGUCUUCACCAGACCCAGUUGAAGGCGCCGCUUCGACUUUGUGUUCGUCUGUUUGCUCCUUCCCUCGGGGAACUACGGAGCAAGAGGGCAAGGAGCCUCCCUUCUCCCAAAUUAAUGACCACGGCGCGACUGCGCCUGUAUCGCAAGAAGGAAAAGGUUCCUUUGACUUCGUUGGAAACCCACCGGGACAGGAUGGCGGAAAAUCCUGCAGUCUCGGCGCUGCCGCCGUAACGGCGGUCUCUCCGUUCGCCGGGGAAGGAGGGGGGGGAGGAGAGGAGGUCGCUGAUAUUGGAGAUUCCAGCUCGAUCUUGGAUCCUCGUUACGCUUGUCGCGAUCUGCGCACUUGCACGGCUGCGGCACCGGAAAGCCCUGAUUUGUCCAAGGAAGGUCGCGAAUCUCACACCGGAACAGAGAGCGAUCGUGGAUGUAGUAGAAAUGAAAGCAGGAAGCCCGAGCAGACAAAAGCUGAGGAAGGAUAUGAUGCUGCUUGCUGCUCCGAGGAGAAGUGGACCGGCCAAGAUUUGGUGGAAGACAUGUCCACAGAGCGAAGGCCUGAGACAGGACGAGAAGAGGAGUCAGGCCCGGCAAGGCGUCGCCCUUCCGGAUCUGCACUUGGAGACUCUCCCUCCUCUUGUUCGCGUGCUGGUUCGUCUCCAUCUCUCUUUCGCUUGCGUCUGAAUCUGCCCGUUUGUACAAAACCCAUUGUGCAAGACGCUCUCUCGAGAGAGGGCGCGUUUUUGUCACGUCUCGAGGCUUGCGAGCCAACCUCACGGCCUCAGGGGUUCUUCUACCCCCUGCAGAAAGACUCUGGAAGAGACGGCAAGGAUGCAGUGUUGCCGCCGCACUGGCCCGGCUUCUUGGCGGACUCUCAAGGGCAUGCAGUCGCCUCACCCGCAGGCGCCUUGCUUUCUCACGCUGGGUCGCAUGUCUCUUCCGGUCCCAACUCCCCGUUCGAAGCGAGCGGAGACGCGGACUUGUCUCUGAGUCGUUCGCGCGCGCGGCGACGCUCGGAGACUGUCUCCCCUCGAGCUUCAGAGGUCCAGACCCCUUGCGGGACAGAGGUGACGGUAGUCCAGUGUGCCAAAGCUGAGAGCGAGAAACGCGGUGGUCUUUCCAAAGGCGUUGCUUCAUGUGAAAACGUGUGUUUGUCUGAAGAGGGCCGUUCGUUUUUAGCAGAUUCUGAGAAGCGCUUUUCGAAAAGCAGUCCCGAGAAGCCCCGUCUGUCGGUGUUUCCGCGCUCGCGUGAUCUCCCGCCAUCUCUGUCGGAGCACCAUGUGGGUUCGACUUGCGCAGCAAGCGUCGGCAGCACGUCCAUUGGCGACUGUGGUCUAGGGGGCGUAGGGAGUGUCUCCGAAAUGCCCUCCCCUCUCGCACCCUCCGCGCUGAGCGUCUCAGGCAGCUCGGGCACCUCCUCCGGCUGUGCCUCCAGUAACUUGUCUGUCUCCACUUCCCACGGAGACAGUCCCCUUUCGGGGGGCGACCGCGACGCCAGUGGGGCGGAACAGCCGCGUCCAGCCUCUCCGCGCGGUUCACGCGGAGGCGUAGGCGCUGAGCGCCGACGGGGCUGUGGAGCGAGCGGCAGUCACACGCCGGCAGGUGUCGGAGUGAUGGUUCCAAGCGAGAGAUUUGCCGCGUCUCAAGACAUGCCGGCAGGAUUCUCUGGAGACUCCUGUCUCCUCGCUGCAGGCGGGGACUCGCGUUCAGGGGCCUUGGGCUCCACGGGCUCGAGCGCCCAGCGUGGGUGGUCGCGAGGGUCUGGGCACCAGCACCACCAGCACAGCGGGUCUUCGCAGUUCUUCUCGUGCGGGGGGGCGCCUUCGCGGAGGCGAGAAGGAGGAGACAGGGGGGUCGAAGACGCCCGCGCCGUAGGACGACGAGACCGAGAGGGUGUGAGGUUUGAGAAAGCUGGCGUGUCGAGGUGUGGGAGGUCGACAGAGUCGGGCAGAUUCACAGGCACUCGUGGAACGGGAGAGAACUCUGUGUUUGCAGGGCCUGCUCUGGGGAACUCGGUGCAUGCAGCUGUUUUGGAAAGCGUACAGGAGACAGGCCGCGCUGUGGAGGGUCGCCUCGGCGAAGAAGACGUUUCCCUGGCGGCUUACACUUCUUCGUAUUUCGUGUCUGUGUCAUGUUCGCGAACUGCGGACCCAGACGCGCCUCCCUACAUGCGAAGGUCCACGUCCGCCUCGAGUGCGGUGGCUUUCAACACUGCAGUGCCUUUGUCUCGUGCGCGGGCGGAGCCGCAGGCGGGCGACGGAGCCCCCAGGUGCUUUGGAGCCCAACUGGAGCCGGCGCCUGGAGGCGCGACCGCAGUCGGAGAGACCCACGCCGGAGGUCGGGGACACCGAAGACAGAAGAGCGCGACUCGCAGCCACGGCGCGACGACGAGAAGCGGCGAACAAAGCAGGAGAGGCAGACAUGUUUCUGGCAGCCGACGGGGACACCAGAGAAGCAAAGGAAGAGAAGUUGUUGGCUCCGGAAUCCCUGUGAAACUUACAGCAGAGGUUUUGAUGCAGCUCGAAGAGAUGAGCGCCGCAAGUGUGGGGUCUUCGUUCACAGCCUUCCCAUGUCUCUCACAGGGAACUGGAACGUGGGGCCCGCUGAGUGCGCGCGACUCUGAGCGGCCUGUGCUUCACUUCCACAGUGCCCCGGCUCGCCCCUCGGGCGUCUCUUCCGCGCGAAACGAGGAUGAAGACUUCUUCUGGCUGGUCAAGAGCCGCGCCGAAGCCAUGCGGGAGAAGUCCGGAGAAAAUGGGCGUCGGUGUGCCGCGUUUCAGCGAGCUGAAGGCCUUGUUUCUUCAUCCCGAGACUCCGUGCCGCACGCCGAAGAGGCGAAGCUCGAGAGUCCGCCCACCGACUCUUUCGCGUCUCCCCUCCUGGCGACGGACCUCGCAAUUCGAACGCAAGAAGGCCGGCGAGACGCAGGCCUCGUGGGGUCCUUCGGGUGCGCGGGCAGGAGGGCCAGGAGACAGCUGUCGGGGGUCGAAGACGCGCCGCAGUCUCUCCUGUCUGCGCUCUUCCCUGCCCCAGGCCCCGCCACCGACGGUAACCGGCGCGGGCGGAAGGCUGGCGACGACGACGCCUCCAGCGGGAGUCCGGCAAGCAGCGAAGAGAGCACGAAGGGGACAGUGAACCACAAGUGCAGAGACGAUGACAAAGUGAUAAAUUUGUGUGCGAACCCGUCGGAUCUUUGGUACGGUCUCACGACUUCAGACGGGAAGCCGGUAUGUGUGCGGCCGCGCGCCAAUCGCUGGCACGCGAGCAACACGCGCAGACAAAGGAAACAGUACAAAGACAUGCAGAGGCGACUUGCGCAAAACGCUGCGAACGCUGCGAACGCUGCAGCUGCGUCCCCACAGGUGUCUCCUUCGCCCCGCGGCCCCCCCCCAACGGGACACUUCCCCGGCAAGAAGCCUUCAGCCCACUGGGCGAAUGCAGGCGCCCCACAGCUGGGUCAACAGGCCCUCAGAUACCCUCCGCCGCUGGUCUUCGGCGAGGCGUCGGGAAGCGCCGGACUCGGCUUGUAUUCGGGUGGCGCUGCCGGCGCCCCCAGCGCGUCGGUGUCGCCAGUCUUGGGCGCCGCCGCCCAUGCAAACCAGUCCCUUCCGGGCGUGGGUGCGCCUUUUGCGCGGUCGCCGUGUGGGGCGCCGUCGACACUGGGGAAGGAAGAAGGAAGGAGAGAAACUUCACUUUUUGCGGGCUUUCCAGCCUCCGGAGAUUCUUUGCAUGCGUCUGCCCAGACCGGCCAGGCCUCGCGAGACAGAGGCAGCACGAGUCACCAUCGCCGCCACCACAGGGAGCACAAGAAGCGAGGAAGGUCGUCUUCGUCGACCGCAGCUGCCGGGUCUGUCCCUUCGCUUGGACCUCUGUCUUCUUCCACUGGUGGCUCCGCCACUGGCCCUGUCUCUUCGGGGCGAGCUGCGUCGCCUCCGCUAUCUGCUCUAGUGCACUCUUCCGCUGCAGUCUCUGCGGCGCAACACAGCAGCCGCGGCCGGAGGAGACAUCAUCGCCACCACUCGAGCAAGGGCGCGGGCGGGUCAGGGCCGGUCUCCUCAGGGCCCUCUGGAGGCGUGGGCGCGAUGCAGGAGAUAGGCCUUUCUGCGCAGCCGCAGUUUCUGUCGAGUUUGGCAUUCUCCGUGGGCCUCGCCCCCGGGCAACUCGACAGAGAGAGAGAAGGCCAGCAGGCCGUUGUGGCCGUUGCCUCUGAAGAGGUGUCUCGUCGACCUCUUGCCGGCGUCGACCGCGAAGGCUCGGGCCGCGGCGCGGAGGCGAACCGAGUCGUCUUCGUAGCUCCGCAUGCAGGAGCUGCGGGGCCUUCUUGCUCGAGCACCCGACCGGCGUGGGCGUCUCAGGCGCCCAAGGGCGUUCCUCAACCAUCGGCCCAGUCGUUGGGCGCGGGGUCUGUCUCUGGGCUCCAGUUGGGCGCGAGCGAAGGGCGUGUGGGGCAGCGGCCUCCGCGGCGCACGCGCCUGGAUGAAGCAGGCAGUUUCGUCCCGAUUGGCUCGAAAGGCGCAGGUCCCUCGCCCCAGCUGGCUCCUGUGACUUUCCCCGGAGAAUUCAAAAUGCCUCGACCCGUCGUCUUCCCUCCUGGAGACCGACGGUAUCGCCUGCCGAAAAAGCCGCGCCAAGGGCCUCUGUCGUCCGCCGGCUCUGCUUCUCUUCCUCCCCCUGUCUCUGCGUCUGUGUCGGUUUCUGCAUCGCCACAGGUGGGCGGGGGGGGAGGCUGGGUGCCGAGAGGGAGCGUUCAUGCGGAGACAGAGAAGGUUGUGGGGUCUGUGGGUCGGCUCGGAGAAGAGUCUGUGGGGUUCAGAGACGCGCCAGAGACUUCGGUAUCUCUCGCAGGUUCUGGAAAUCCCAUGGAGGAAGGCAUUCGAGACCGAGAGCUGGAGACGCCUUUCUCUUCGUCUGGCAGCUCGUCGCGUCGGCCUGGCGGACCUCCGGAGCUCGGGGCCUCUCGCCCAGUGCCGUCUUACGGAGACCUCGAGGGCUUCGAAGAAGCACGAAUUCGCGCCUGUCAGCGAGGGGAACGCGCCGCUUCAGCUCCAACUGAGGAGACACCCGGCAGCGCGCAGCCUUCUGUUCGUGUUCACUCUCUUCCCUCGUUGCCCCACGGUGCGGCCGCGCCUCCUUCUUCUGCAGCGUCUGCGCCGUCUUCUGGGGGGACGCAGGGCUCGCGACCACCCUCGGCCUCGGGGUUCGGCGUCGUGGUGGAGACUGGCACCGUGGGCGUCCCCUCCUCGGCCUGCCUGUUCCCGUACCAGCGAAAGAGCGCCGCACCCCACACUCCUGUCUCCGAGAGAAGAAGCGCUUCUCGCAGCCGAGGCAGACGCGAAGGCGACCGAAUUGCGAAGAAGAAGCGAACGGGCAAGAAACCGAAGAAAACGAGACCGGGCGAACCCCAGAGAUGGACCAGCGCCCGAGAACGCGUUCAGUGGCACUUGGCAAAAAGCCGAGGCAUGCUGUGAAGGGAACAGAUAGAAGAAGAGAGAGGGGGAAGCGGGAGGAGACGAGGAGUGGAGAGAAUUGGAGAGGCGGAAGUGCGUGAAAUGAAGAUGAAGGAGAACUGGAUACUCUGAGAUCCUUUGGGCUGCAUAGAGGGUGGAGACCCUCAGCAGACACUGAGAUGCAGAACGUUGCCUGGAAGAGGUAGGCUCGUUCAGAAUCACAGGGAUGCAUGCUCUCUCACUCGGCAGUGGAAGAGAAAAAAGGAGGACGGCGAUAAAAAGAAAACGCCAGGGAAUGGCGGGGCGAGAACCAAGGCGACAUGCCACAGGGGUUCUGAUCCGAGGCAAAUAGGGAUGACUUUCUUCGGACGAAAAAAUUGUGUUUUCGUGGAAAGAGAAGUCCAUGUUCGGUGUCUCUUCGUAACUGUGUCGUCGUCAGAGAGAUUUCUGCUUCUCUCUGAUGAAGAAAUUAUCUCUUCUUUCUGGGUAUAGGGGGUCGUUAGGUCUCCCACACGAGACUUCUUCUCGGUCCUCGAAGCGAGAAAAACGGUUCCGUGACCAGACAGGUUCGAGACGUCUUUGCCCUUUUCUGAAGAAGGGACGAGAAAACAGGUGAUAAUUGGUGAUUUCAACUUCCUUCUGUUUCGUACACAAACGAGACAGCUAUCGCGGCACCUGCGAGCUGAGGGAACUGAGGGAGCAGAGGGCUCGCGUUCGUUGAAGCUGGGCGGAGACUUCGCGCAUGCAGCGCCCAAUCCCUGGGAGACUUGCGCCGAAGAUUGCGCAGAGAAAGGCGACAAAAAGGAGGAACCGGACGCGGAAAACGGUUCAGGCGCUGCAAAGAAGACUCGCCUCUCGAGCUUUCGCGAAGAAAGCCGAUUUUUUCCAAACACGAGCGCCUACAGCAUUCGCAGAAGCUUCGAAAGCACCCCGUUACAUUUUCCCUCAGUCUCUGCACUUUUGAGGAGGCAACGCAGGCGCUCUUUCCUCACGUUUUCUGUCAUCUUUUUUCGCGUUGAGUUUCUUGCGGUCUUGGGGAGCGCAGUGCCGCGAUAUCCACUGAAGUAGCAUGAGACAGAAGCAGACUCCAGUCACUCGACGCUGUGUACAAAAACCUGAAGACAUCCACUUCUAGAAUUCUCAGAGAAGACGAAGAGACGCCGAGACGCGCAGGCACUCUCUGUCAUGGAGGCCC